AUGUUCAAACGCGUCGAAAAGCGCCGCAAGAAGCAAGAAGAGGAGGAAGAGCUCGGCAUAGAUGGGGAGAUGAAGGAAGUACUUGGGAUGCACGACACGGACUCUGAUGAAUCGGAGUCGGAUUCAGAUUCAGAUUCAAGUUCGGAGCACGCUGAUUCUGGAAGUGACGAGGAAGCGGAAGAGAAUAAAGCGGAGGACGAUGAAAAUGAGGAUGAUGAGGAGAGUGAAGAUUCGUCUGACGAAAACGAAGAAGAACAGCAAUUGCCGUCUAUAUCACUUAAAGACGCACUCAAGGAUCCAGUCUAUGUCAUAACCACCGACCCUGAAGUAAAAGGCUGCGCGAUAUGCCCCAAAAAACAACUCAAGUCUCAGGACUUCGCCGCUCUACACGUUAAAUCCAAGGCUCACCAGCGCCGACUUCAUCAUUUCAGGGAAUACACAACCUCCACGGGUAUAGAUGACGAUGCGAACGUAUUCGAGACACUGCAGGCCUGGGAGAAGAAAGUCGCAGAGGAUAUACCCGCUUUGACCGCCGCGGAAUCUAAACGGGCUGCAAAAAGCGAACUGCGCAAAGCGAAAAUCAUCCGCCGACGCGAAAUACGCGCGCAGUCAAAAAUCAAGAAGCAGGCCAAACUCCAAGCUGCCGUCGUUGUUGCUCGCGAGAAGAGGGCGAAAAAGGAGGAGAGGAAACAGAGAAAGGCGGAGAAGGCCAAAGCCAAUGCGGCAGCAAACCUCGAGGCAGGGAUAGAGCCAGAGCCGAAAAAGGAAAAGAAGAAACGGAAAGCUGAACAUGAAGAGGGAGGCGAGAGUGCUUCACCGGCCAAGAAGAAGCGGAAACAAAAGGACGGCGACUCUAAAUCAUUCAAAAAGAAAAGAAAAAUCAAGGGUGGAGCUGCAGCCAGCGGUGACGAUGGAGAACAACCAACAAAAUGGCCUUCAAAACCGACGCCUAUACCCAACUUCAAGAAAGCCGCUGACAAGAGGCGGUCGCCACGGUCUUUACGGCUCGAAAGACUAGGAAAGAGCACGCAGCGGACAAUAAGCAAGGCGGAUCGGGUGAAGGAGCGGAGCGAGAAGAAAAAAUCGAAGCCGAAGGGGAAAAAGGAUCAGCCCUUAGAGAUAUUUGACUAG